AUGUCUUUAGCUCAAUCGCAAUACCCAUCCGAGGACAUGGGUAAAAAUCCUGAUAGUGGAGAUAUACGGGAGCAGUUUCACGACAGCCGCGACGAUGUGGAAUCGGGUAGUGAGCCAGAUAUUGCCGACAUCGAGCGCAUUUACAGGAAGCUGGAUUUGCGCAUCAUCCCCGCCUUCUGGGUUCUUUAUUUCCUCUGCGCAGCCGUCCGGUCCAAUGUUUCACUAGCACAAACAAUGAAUAUAGACACCAACCACACUAUUUUCGAUGUUCUGCACGUCAACGACCACCAAGUCUCGACUGCUCUCGCCCUAUUCUACGUGUGCUAUGUCAUUUUCGACCUACCAUCAAAUCUGAUCAUGUCCAGACUCAGUCCACAUGUGUGGAUGAGUCGCAUUGUCAUUAGUGUCGGCAUCAUUGGCGCCUGCAUGACCGCCAUGAAAGCCGCCUGGAGUUUCUACCUCCUACGUCUACUUCUUGGUAUCGUUAUCGCGGGCAUGUGGCCCGGCAUGGCCUACUACCUCACUCUCUUUUACCCUCCGUCCCGAACAGGGAAGCGGAUUGGCCAAUACUACACAGCAGCACAACUUUCUGCUGCUGCGUGGAUGUUCCUGGUAUGGGGUGUCAUAACAAUCGCCGUCGGCAUCCUCCUCCUCUGGUGGCUCCCAGACCGGCCCACACCCCCAGGCGAACAACCCCCGAAGAAGAAAUACCUGCGGUGGUUUCCGCGCAGUCCACCUGCUCUGACCGGCCGGGACGCUGAAAUCCACUACCACGACCUGAAACGCGUGUACCAUCGCUCAGCAUGGACGCUCCAAGACCUCCUCCGCGUGUUCCUCGACUGGCGCCUGUGGCCCCUCCUCAUCAUGUACUUCGGUGUAGUGGGUGUCGGUAUCGGUGUUCAAAGCUACGCCACAGUAAUCAUCAAAGCCAUCAACCCGAAUCUCAGCGGAAUAGACCUCAGUCUCCUCUCUGCCCCAAUCUGGCUCAUGGACCUAGCCGCCAUCCUCCUCGUAACCCCCUUCUCCGACCGCUUCCACCAUCACCGCGCCCUCUUUUUCUGUGUCCCCGUUCUCCUCCAAAUCCUCGGCCUCCUCCUCACCACCUACGCCGGCACAGACACCAACUCCUGGCCCCGCUACGGCGGCCUCCUAAUUGUCGGCUUCGGCCUCGGCCCCACAGUCCCCAUAACCAUGACCUGGACCACCGAAAUCUUCCAACCCCGCCAUGGCGAAGUCGGCGUCGCAGCUGCUUCCGCCAUCGUCUCCGGCCUAGGCAAUCUCGGCAGUAUCGUAACGACAUACGCCCUAUACAAUGGCUGGGCCGAGGACAGCGCCGCGCCCGGCCGUCUCAAGUUCCGGAAAAGCAACUUGGUCAUGGUGGGCAUUCUGUGUGGAAGUAUCCUCGCCGCGAUAUUGAUGCAGAUCCUGGUCCGUGUGAUUGACGGACGCAAGAGCGAUGAGAAUGACCCGGACAAGAUCGUGGAUGGAGCCGCUAGACGCGAGGCACAGCAGAGGGGUCUCGAUGGAUUGGGCUCGGGUGUAUUUUCUCUUUUCAAGAAGAGGAGGAACAACUAA